AUGUCACGGAAAACACAGUCGGCGUAUGAGGGUGUUCUUUCAUACUUGAAAGAACAUACGCCGGAGCUGAACCCCACGGUGGUCAUGUCAGACUUCGAACAGGCAAUGCAAAAUGCUGCCAGAAUGGUGUGGCCGAACACGCGAAUCGUGGGCUGCUUUUUCCACUAUGCUCAGGAAAGUCUUCCAUGGCCCGCAGACCAAGCCGAGGCCGAACAACUGAGCCAGAGGCAGAUGGCGUACCUGGCUAGAGUGGCAGUUAACGCGGAUGAUGCCGUCGCAGGCGAAGGCGACUUGGUAUGCGUCGCCUGCGCGGUCCACAAGCGCUCCUAUAUGACGCAGCCUUGUGCGCAUUUUGUACUGUGUGGCACCUGUGUGCUGGUUCAUCGCCGCACAGUCAACUACAGGGGUGUUCUGCCGCAACCCAUUAUUUGCCCCGUAUGUAGGAGCCCCUUGACGGGAUACUGCAGGGUGUUCCAAUAAUGAUAAAAAUGAAAAUGAAAAUAAAAUUUAUUCUAUAUAUACAUA